AUGUGCGGUCGGACAGCAUGUACACUGCCUCCUUCAAAACUACGACGUGCUUGCCGAUAUAAAAGUAAAGACAACAAAGUUACUGAACCGAGAUGGAAAGGUGGAAAGGUUGGAAGAUACUACACCUCACCAAAUGUUGCUCCCAUGUCUUGGACCCCUGUAUUAUUGUCAGCUAAACAUGCACAAAAUGAUCCCGAUGUCGAAGGGGAAAAAUUAGAUAGUAGCGAUCGUAUGCUGCAAGUGAUGCGUUGGGGCUUAGUUCCUGCUUGGUAUAAGAAGGAUUUAAAAUCUUUUAACCUAUCCACCAAUAAUUGUCGCAGUGACGGAAUGUUGGAUAAAAGAAUGUUUUCAACUCCUCUAAACAGAGGUCGUCGAUGUGUGGUCUUAGCCGAUGGUUAUUAUGAAUGGAAGACUACUAAAGAUAAGCAGAAAAUACCACAUUUAAUUUUCUUUAAAAAUGACGUUGAAUCAUCUGAUGCAGAAGAGGAAAAUGAUGAAGAUGACCAAGCUGUUAAUGUUCGACCUAGAAGGAGAGUCUUGACCAUGGCCGGCGUAUUUGAAAUAUGGCAUCCACCUAAGGAAGGUCCGAACGAUCCUAUUUAUGCCUAUAGUAUUAUAACGGUUGAUGCCUCACCCGCAGUUUCUGGUAUUCACCAUCGUAUGCCGGCGAUUCUUGACGGUGAUGAAGCUGUUAGUCAAUGGUUGGAUUAUGAAAAUGUCCCUCUGUCAGAAGCUGCCAAUCUCAUUAAACCGCUGGAUACACUGGAACAUUUUCCAGUCUCUUCGUGUGUUAACAAUUCGCGUAAUAAAUCUUUGGAAUGUAUGGUGAAAAUUGAAAUGUAA